AUGUUCUGUUUACGGAGCUGGUUACCUCUCCUCUUCAUUCCAACCAACGCCUCCCCACUCUUCAUCAUCUCCUUCGUCACUCUCACCUACGUUCUCCAUCGACCGUGUAUCUACUGCUCCGCCCUGCUCCUGAUCCUCUUCAUCUCCUCCUGUCACUGGUCCGACCGAUGCUUCUUCGACCUGCGCGGUGACUGGUUCUCCCCUCGGUUCACCACGUCCACCGCUGCCAUUCCCGACGCCGCGGGGUCUCUAAAUCCAUCCUUCUCCGCCUUCUACUCCUCCCCCGCGAAUGUCUCGAUGCUGGCCCCCUCAGAGACCCUAGCCGAGUACGUCUGGGAGACCGUCAACACGACCACCAAGGCCCUCGCCGCUGCCGUCGUCGACGAGGCCCAGCGCCGUCUCGCCCUGAACGGCACCUCCGUUGACGCGGCGGCCGGGAUCUCGGAUCUGCGCCAGGACGAAUGGACCGGGAUCGGACUGGAGUGGUUGCGCAGCUUGCUGGGACGACGCGAAUGGACCCUUCCCUGUGUGGAUGUUAAGAUCCGGUUAUAG